GUCAGUCCCUCACUCACACUUGCGCUCAGCGGAGACUCAGAGGUGGAAAGCAGAGAUUCUCACUGGGAACGGGUGAAAAAGGAAAGCUGACUUUCAUCCUCUCUUACUAAGUGAAACACGCAAACAAGAAAAAGAUGGAGAGGGAGCAGGGAGAGGUGGACCACCUGGAGCGGCAAAGUCCCCUGACUGACAAGGAGAAGGUGAUGAUCCAGGACUCAUGGGCACAAGUCUACCAGAACUGUGAUGAUGCUGGGGUGGCCAUUCUUGUCAGACUGUUUGUAAACUUCCCCUCGUCCAAGCAGUACUUCAGCCAGUUCAAGCACAUAGAGGACGCAGAGGAGCUGGAGAAGAGUUCCCAGCUCAGGAAGCAUGCUCGCAAAGUAAUGAAUGCCCUCAACACAUUGGUGGAGAACCUCGGCAGCUCAGAAAAGGUGACCACCCUGCUGAAGCUGCUGGGCAAGGCCCACGCAGUCCGACACAAGGUGGAUCCUGUGUACUUCAAGAUUCUGAGCGGUGUGAUUCUGGAAGUUCUCGGAGAAGCGUAUCCGGAGCUGAUGACACCAGAAGUGGUCUCAGCUUGGACCAAACUCUUGGCUACGCUCUGUUGCAGCAUCCGCACCGUCUAUGAAGAAGUGGGCUGGACGCAGCUCUCCACCUCCACUAGCUGAAGUUUUUGGAACUUGCACGCAGGGAUCCUUUCUGAUUUUCCACAGCUUCAUCCGUCAGAAGUCAACUGACUUUGAUCUGGGAAUACGGUUUGACAUCAUGUGUGAUAAUCGUGGACCGAAUAUAUUCACAACCUAAACGAAAAUAAGAACAAGUACUGUGUUGUUUUAACGGCUAGCAGUUGGGAAUGUAAAAUGGAGCUCCCCUCCUUUCACUUAUACUCUUGUACAAACUAACCCAUUUAAAAUAUAGAUCAAAGGGUAAGAAACUGCACAUCGACUCAACUGGGAAUGAGAAGUCACAUUUGACUUGAGCGUUCCUCUUACCGAAUACGUACAAAUAGCAGAUAAAAUGUUCUUCGGGCUGUUUCCUCUUAUCGGUAUGUAUCCCCUCGCGUCCUUUUUGUUGGAUAUUGUGGAUACUUAAAUAUUUCUACAUUUUUAAUAGUUAUUGUUGAUGAUUGUAAUUUGUUUUUCAUUACAACUUACAUUUGUAUCUACAAUUGAGUAUAAUUUGAAAUAAAA